ACUCUAAAUAACCAAUAUUUAUUUUGCGUUAACUAUGUAAAUAUUUGGCAUUCAAUGAAGGACAUAAAACAUCGAAAUGAGGCGAUGAACUUCAAUUCUUGGUAGAACUUCCCUUAACUAAUCUGCCCAAAUAAAAUUUUCUCAGUAACGAAAAUUUCUCCGUCGCCACGCCGUCCAAGUCGCCUUGUCGCGCCGCCUCCGUCGGAAGAUACAAUUUGUUUCACCUGCCGUCCGUCCGAAGAUGGAGAGAUUGACAAUUCGAGAGCAGAUGGCGAGAGAGAUGGCCAGAUGGGACAUUUAAAAUCACGUUUUAGGGUUUAACGGGGGCAGUUUGGACAUUUAAAAUCUUUCACCCUUUUAAACGUGACAUAGUUUUAGCAGUUCCCCAAAUUUGUUUAAUACUCCUAUUUUUAGGAAUUUCCCAAUUGGUGGAGAGAAUGUAUUCGAUUCUUUCCUAUUUCUCCAUUGAUGAUUUUUGAUUGGUGAAGUCCACACAAAUCGGACAAACCUAAUCUCACAUCGAUUCUUAGCUUUUUCCCUCCAUUUUUUCCUCAUUCCCCGAAUGAUUUGAUCUAUAUGAUGCUCGUUCAUACCUGAAAAUGCCGCCCUUAAGGCUCAAUUCCAUCUUCAAUCGCUCUCCAAUGCCACAUUCUUCCAGAAAGCUGACAGUCGUCCGUUUUCUCCACUAUCAAACUCGACCUUUUGAAACUCAUUGUUGUUAAAAUUAAUUAUCUGGUUUUCCUAAAGGAAGCCGGUGGAAUACGAUGAUCUCUGAUCAAGGGGUGCUUGCAGCAGUUACAUAAAGCCAUUAGAAGAAAGGGUGAAAGAAUCCUGCGGCAGUAAAGCACUCUCGUUGUGCAUAUUAUUGGAGAAAUUUUUUGAGGAUGCCGCCACAAUGCGGUUUUGCACUCUUAGAUAUGGCAUCUGGAUGCAACUGGUUCCACUGGAGCAAUGUCCACUACCUUUUGCCCUCAGAUGAGCCUGACUAUUUCUCGUUGCCUUCCCCAACUCCUGAAUGGCCUCAAGGUGGAGGUUUUGCUUCUGGAAUAGCAAGUCUUGGGGAGAUUGAGGUUCUCAAAAUUACCCAAUUUGUUUCCAUAUGGGGUUGCAAUCUGACACGCCGAGGAAAUAAUGGUGUCACAUUCUACAGACCAUUAAGGAUACCUGAAGGAUUUCACUGCCUUGGUCACUAUUGCCAACCUAAUGAUCGGCCCCUACACGGUUACCUUCUUGUUGCGAGGGAAGUCGAUGGUUAUUUUCAAGAAAGUGAUUAUAUUAGCAACAUUGUUAAAUUGCCAGCCCUUGUGGAACCUCUUGAUUAUACAUUGAUAUGGAGUCCAGAUGAUUGGUUUGAGGAGAAGUACAGUGAAUGUGCCUACAUUUGGCUACCUCAACCACCUGAUGGUUAUAAAUCCAUGGGUUAUUUUGUCACUAACAAGCUAGAAAAGCCUGAAGUGGGUGAAGUAAGGUGCGUUCGAGCUGAUUUAACCGACAAAUGCGAAACUUAUCGCUUAAUGUUUAAUAUCAGUACUAAAUGUAAAAACUUUCUAGUACAGAUUUGGAGUACAAGAGCAUGUCAUCGAGGGAUGCUUGGUAGGGGAGUUCCUGUAGGAACAUUUCAUUGUUGUAGUUACAAAGGCACUGAAAAAGAGCUUCCUAUUGCUUGCUUAAAAAACCUGGAUUCUACACUACAUACAAUGCCCAACCUUAAUCAGAUUCAUGCUCUAAUCAAUCACUAUGGACCCACUAUCUUCUUCCAUCCCAAAGAGAUCUACUUUCCAUCUUCUGUUUCAUGGUUUUUUGAAAAUGGGGUGCUAUUACACAGAGAUGGCAUGUCAUCUGGGGAGGCCAUACAUGUUUGUGGCACGAAUUUGCCUGGUGGUGGGAGAAAUGAUAGGGAAUGUUGGAUGGAUUUGCCAACUGAUGGCUGUAGAGACAAGAUCAUAUAUGGAAAUCUGGAAAGCGCCAAGCUUUACGUUCAUGUGAAGCCAGCUCUGGGAGGGACAUUCACGGAUAUGGCUAUGUGGGUUUUCUGUCCCUUCAAUGGACCAGCCACUCUGAAACUUGGAAUUAUGAAUAUUAGUCUAGGGAAGAUUGGACAACAUGUUGGGGAUUGGGAGCAUAUCACUCUCAGGAUCUGCAACUUUAGUGGAGAACUUUGUAGCAUUUACUUCUCCCAACACAGUGGUGGUGAAUGGGUGGAUGCUCACAAUUUGGAAUUCAUAGAAGGAAACAAAGCCAUAGUUUACUCCUCAAAAAGUGGACAUGCUAGUUAUCCUCAUCCUGGGGUCUACAUUCAAGGCUCUGCAAAGCUCGGGAUCGGAAUAAGGAAUGACUGCGCACGUAGUCAUUUUUUUGUUGAUUCAAGCAUCCAUUAUGAAAUAGUUGCAGCAGAGUACUUGAGAUGCAAUGGCAUCAUGGAGCCUUGUUGGUUGCAGUUCACGAGAGAAUGGGGUCCAACUAUUGUCUACAGCUUGAGAACAAAGCUUGACAACAUGAUCGAUCACCUUCCAUUGAGAAUUCGGCUUUCAGUUGCAAAUAUAUUCAGAAAGUUACCAGGGGAAUUGUUUGGAGAGGGUGGGCCAACGGGGCCAAAGGAGAAGAACAAUUGGGAAGGAGAUGAGAGGGGCUAAAACUUUGUCGUGCAGUUUACAUUUAUUGCUGCUUCAGCUCACUCUACUGGUUGUUGUUAUGGCAGCCUGAGGUAUUCAUAUGACAAAGAGGGAUGUGCUUUGUUGUUCGGUGGGAUUAAUCAAGGUGCGCAUAAACUAACUCAUACAUUUACGGAUAUUAAAAAGAAAAAAAAACUAGGACAACAGAAUUGAUUGGAGUUUUGAUUCAAUAUUUAGAAUACAACUUAGUUCGAAGACAAUUCAAUUUCUUAUGUAUUGAUUCUUGGUUGAGACAAUAGGUAGUACAUAGAUGGAUAUCUCAGCCUAUUUCUAUUGUAACUUAGCUUGUAAUUGACAAAACAUUUUAUAUCAAAUAGAGAAAGCAGGGCAUACCAAAAAUAAGUAGGUAGGGAAUAUCAUUAUACUAAUUUUGGACUCAGGUUUGAUUAAUAUUUUACUGUCAAUAUAUUUUAUUUUGAUUAACAAUUUUAUAGUGAGAGGGUUGAAUUAAAAAAGCACUUUUGGUUCAUGGAUAGUUUGUGCAAUUUAAAACAUGUAAGAGUAUAAUUGUA